CAUCUGGAAUACAUUUUGACCCGAAAUCUGACAUGAGAGUACGAGGGAGAAGCGCGCGUGCAGUUUUUGACUUUUGAUACUUGCAGUUCAUUGUUGAAGCAGAAGCGGCGUAACGAACGCCGUCCGGAAAGGACGGCCGGCCCAGUCGCCAUUUCCUUCUCCUUCUUCCUUUGUUUAUUUAUUAUUCCCAUCAAAGAUCUAUCGGACCGGUCCCUGGCACCACCUGGUUUUGCUCGCUCCUUCUGCACAAGGUAGUUGCGAUCAGAAUGGGCGUCCGGCGUAGCUUCACAAGGCUGGUCAAAGGCGUCUGUGCUUGUGGAGAUUCCCAAACAGGAACGCAGGAGGGUAUUGGAUCCAUGUCAACACAGCAGCCAGUGCAACUACGAAUUCAACAUCGCCAUGUGGUGAUUGAUAACGGCAUCCUCCAAGUCACAUUAUCAAAUCCUGAGGGAAUCAUUACUGGAAUACAAUAUAAUGGCAUUGAUAAUUUGCUUGAGAUAUGCAACAAUGAAAGUAACAGAGGUUAUUGGGACGUUGUUUGGAACUCUCUAGAUGGUACAGGAGGAAAUAAAGGAGUUUUUGAAGUAAUUAAAGGAUCAUCUUUCAAAGUAAUAGUGGAAACAGAGGAACAAGUAGAGGUGUCAUUCUCAAGGCCUUGGGAUCCCUCAUUCCAGGGCAAGCUUGUUCCCCUGAAUAUAGACAAAAGGUUCAUAUUGCUUCGUGGUUCCUCAGGCUUCUACACAUAUGCCAUUUAUGAACAUGUAGGUUUGCCACAAUGGCCAGCUUUUAGCCUUGGUGAGACCAGGAUUGCAUUCAAGCUCAGAAAAGAUAAGUUUCACUACAUGGCUGUGGCAGAUAACAGGCAAAGAUUUAUGCCCUUGCCAGAUGAUAGGUUACCAGGAAGAGGGCAACCCUUGGCAUACCCUGAAGCAGUCCUACUUGUCAAUCCUAUAGAACCUAGCUUUAGAGGAGAGGUGGAUGACAAGUACCAGUACUCUUGUGAGAACAAAGAUCUUCAGGUCCAUGGGUGGAUUUGUAUGCACCCUUCUGUUGGAUUCUGGCAGAUUACACCUAGUGAUGAGUUCAGAUCAGGGGGCCCCUUUAAACAAAACCUUUCCUCCCAUGUGGGUCCUACUUGUCUUUCUGUGUUUCUCAGUGGUCACUAUGCUGGGGAUGACCUUGUUCCCAAAUUUGGACAGGGUGAGGCUUGGAAGAAAGUUUUUGGCCCCAUUUUCAUCUACCUUAACUCUGGAGAUGACCCACUUGCCCUGUGGGAGGAUGCAAAAAAACAGAUGAUGGUUGAAGUCCAAAGUUGGCCCUAUAGUUUUCCAGCAUCUGAGGAUUUUCCAUCACGAGAUCAACGAGGUAGCAUUAGUGGUAGAUUACUAGUCCGUGACAAGUACGUAAACAACAAUGAUAUAUCUGCAAAUGGUGCCUAUGUAGGAUUGGCCCCUCCAGGAGAGGUUGGAUCAUGGCAAAAAGAAUGCAAGGACUACCAAUUCUGGACAAAAGCAGAUGAGAAUGGGUAUUUUUGGAUUAGGAAUAUACGUAUUGGUUACUAUAACCUUUAUGCAUGGGUACCUGGAUUUAUUGGAGAUUAUCGAAGUGAUGCUGGUGUUACCAUAACGCAAGGUUGUGACAUUUACGUGGGCGAUCUUGUAUAUGAGCCUCCUAGAGAUGGGCCGACCUUGUGGGAAAUUGGCAUUCCUGAUCGUUCUGCUGCAGAAUUUUACAUCCCAGAUCCUGAUCCAAAAUAUGUCAACAAACUUUUUGUCAAUCACCCGGACAGGUUUAGGCAGUAUGGAUUAUGGGACAGAUAUGCAGAGUUAUACCCUGACGGGGAUUUAAUCUACAGAGUAGGUGUUAGUGACUAUAAAAAAGACUGGUUCUUUGCUCAGGUCAACAGGAGAAGAAAUGACAACACAUAUCAAGGAACCACCUGGCAAAUCAAGUUCAAACUUGAAAAUGUGGAUCGGAGCAGACACUACAAAUUACGAGUGGCGUUGGCAUCGGCAACUCUUGCGGAGUUACAGGUUCGGGUGAAUGAUGAGAACAACACAAACCGACCCGUGUUUUCGAGCAGACUAAUCGGGAGGGACAAUGCAGUUGCAAGGCAUGGGAUUCGUGGGCUUUACUGGCUGUUCAGUGUGGACAUUCCCGGUGCUCGGUUGGAACAGGGAGAGAAUACCAUAUAUUUGACACAGCCAAGGUGCCAGAGCCCUUGGCAGAAUCUCAUGUACGAUUACAUUCGUUUGGAAGCUCCUUCUCGCAUCUGCAACUGAGCUAGUUGAAUCUUCUCUACCACAGCAACCACCUUCAAUAAUCUUCUUUCUAUGUUUCUUUCACUGCCACUGCCACUGCCACUGCCUCGCCUCGUGUUCAUAAAUAAGCAUAACGUUUUACAUUUUGGGGCUUCAAUGAAAUGAUAAUGCCAGCUUUUUAUUUAU